AGUGUUGAUUCUGUGCAAGUUACUUGCAAAAACUUAACCCUGUAAGUUUGUAUCUCAGUUUUUGUGUUCAGGAUUAACUACACCAGUGUAAAGAAACGUUUCUGUAGGACCCUAUCACAGAGUGAAACCACAAGUAUGAGGCACAAUUUGCAAUUUUCACUUGUGUGUACACAUUUUAAGUUGUGUGUGUCAUGAUAAACUGAAAAACCACACUUGUGCCAGAUGGUCUUUAGAAAAUAUGUAGGUGGGUCAGGAAGUGGUGAGCAUUGUCACAGGUAAAAUAAGCCCAUGCAGCGGCCACAUUAUCUUUAAGAUCUCAACUCAUGAGCAUAUCGAGCAUACCAAAUGGAAAGACCAAUAUGCACAUAUCUGCUGAUUUUAAGCAGUUUUACAUUUGUCUAUGUCAAUGGAAGACUACCAGAUUCAUCUCCUUCCUGUAAAGUCUCGGUGUCGGUAAGGAGGGGAACGAUGUGGAAAACUGCCCCAGGACAACGUCUGACCGUCACCUGUCCAGUCAAACACUGUGGACAACCACUGAAUGUCACCUGGUGUAAACUGCUCCACACAGACAAAUGUGAACAACUAAAUCACAUAGAAAAUGUGGAAGUGAGACAGAAUAACGCAGAUCACAAGUAUAAACUAAUGUCAUAUUUGACCUUCAAGUGGAUUUCCAUCCAUGAUGACGGCCUGUACAGAUGUGUUUUAAAAGGACACAAAUACAAGCAGAUCAGUCACAUGAUCAACAUCUCCGUUUCAGACCUUUACCAGGGGUUUCAAAACGUGCAUCAUGAAGCAGCUGCUGUAUCUCACGAUGCACAUGUUGAGGAAGCAUCCUGGCAGCCGUACACCUUCAUCUGUGUUAGCAUAGUGUUUCUGGCUGCUACGUUGACCGUGUUGAUGCUCCUCAGAUUUUAUGGCUGGAAACGAGUACUGAUUGUGAAUGAGACCAGGGCACAGGAAUUUUCCUGCCACAAGAUGACCAACCUUCCCAAGUGGACAGCGCCUUCCAUUCCUGUUCAGCCAGCCAACCUCUACAGUCUGAAUGAAAACCACUCUCAAACUGGACUAAGACGAACAUCACAACCUCCCCUUACAACCAGUAGGAACCAGCCUGCUGUAGCAAACCCAUCAGAUCAAAGUCCAGGGUCGCAGCAUGAAGUGUAUGCUGUCAUUAGCCGACAAGCUGUGAUACCUGCCAGAGAGCAACAUGACCAAACUACAGGAAAUAAAAGCACAGACUAUGCUGCCAUCAAAGUUUCCAAAUUCAUCAGAUGAACAGAUGCAGAUGAACACACGCAUGGAAGAAGUGAACAAAGUUUGUGGUGGUGUCAUGGAACAGAUCGAGUUCACAACCAAGACUAGAGAAGAGGUGGACGGUGGAGGCGUGUGGUCAUGAAGCGAACGGUUCAGAGAAUGUAAAUUUACCUCAGCUGGCCUAGAAGCAGCAUUGAGUUUUUUUCUUUAAGCCUCAGGUUGCUUCCAGGCAAUGCUGCUUUUAUUUGAUCAAUUUCUCAUUUUACCCACUUUGAUAUCUUUGUUUGGCAGUUUGUGUAAAAAAAAAAAGAAAUAAUAAUAAUAAUGGCCAAUUUUGGAUGCCGUCUAAAUCCUGUGAACAUUUUUUUGAGUACAAUAAAAUAUUUGGCAGAUCUUUGAGGAAUCAGUUUGUACUUCAAAAGUGAAUGUUGUUGUUUGUUUUUUCUUUGUGGGACAGAUAUGUAAAAGAAAAAGGUUUGCCCAUAGUUUAUAAAAAUAUUUACCAAGAAUAAAUGACAUAAUGAGCAAACAUAUCUUCAAGUUCGAUAUUUUAUCUUUCCAUGCAGACCUCUCUGUUUUUUCACCUCCACCAGAGGAAACUCGCUCGUCUCUUGUUGGUUAUAGACGUACAGGAAGUGACAUACUGUGUGGUAUUAGAUGUCCCCGCUUCUGCUCAACCAUGGUUUACAUACUGAGACCCCCACAGUGCAGAGACAGUGUAUCAUGGCUGUAUAGGCCCAUUUCAUGUCUGUGCCUUAUUGAAAAGAUGAAUUAUAUAUUAAACAAAAAGCUAUUUAUGGGCAGGUCUCCAGCAACAUUAAAAAAUGGGGGAAGAGAGUUUGCAUGGGUGGUUCAGCUCCCUGACAAAUGUAGCAAAUUGUGUUAUCUCAAGCCUGGUUUAAUCUAUGAAAAAUAAAGCAUUUUUCAUUAUUAUUCCCUCGGCUGUGGAGCGACCUGCCUGAGGAUCUCAGACGAGCUACAUCAGUAUCUUCUUUUAAAAACACAUUUUUAUCGUAAGGCCUUCUUAUAAUCCUUGUUUCAUCCAGGAUGUUUUUAUUUGUUUUACUGUUAACUUCAGCCAAUCUCUGUCUCGGUUUGUUUCUCUUUUCUCUGUUCAUUGGAUGAUUGCUGUGCUGUUGUUUUAUUUUUCAUGCUUUUUUAAUAGAUUUUAUUGUUGUGUAUUUUUCUUUUUUUUGCUGUAAAGCACUUUGUGACGUUGGUUUUGAUAAGUGCUUUAUAAAUAAACUUUAUUAUUAUUAUUUGUAAUAAUUAACCAAAUAAAUCCAUGACCAAAUGCCUUA